AUGAAGUGCAGCAAUCUGCAAGCAGUAGCACUGUUGCUUAGCAUAGGAAGCUUGUGCAUGAAGGGUCAUGACGGAUUGCCGCGAGAUCCGUCUACAAAUGCCCUCGAUCGGUUUUGUCCCUGUGAUCUGCCAAGCAAUGGCAUGCUCCGCGCUGCCAGACACCAAAGCCGCAAGUCCGCGCAUGGCGCCCAGCGCUGGCAGCGCCCCUUUGUUCGUAAGCCGCCCGCGAACGAGAAGCACGAGAAGCACGAGAAACGCGAUGACCUCCAGAAGCCGCUUUUUGCAGCAGUCCUUCACUCCUUGGAAAAGCAGCAGACUGGUUCCUGGAGCCAAGAGAAAUGGGAGGCGACUGCGACAACUUUGCUGCAAGGAGUUCGGACCGAGCCCACAGCUAUGGCUGAACUGGUGCGCCUGUUGAUGUUUUGGGCCAAGGCAUCUGCUCGAGACUCCCGUGAGAUUGCCAGCCCGCUUUGGAAUGAGUGGCUGUGGGCAGAAGAGCUCCUCACAAUGGUCCUAGACGAAGUCUGUCAGCAAUUUGAAGCGCUUGAAGCGGUAGAAAUGUCCCCGCAGCUGCUUCGGCUGCUACGGUCUCUGUGCAAAAGCUGCCUCGACCUGCAGCUCGCGCUGCCAAAGAGUCUGGCAAAUGGCCUUGCCCAUCGAGUGCUGCCACUGUCAUUGGAACAUGAUCUGCUUACUGCCGUUGAUACCUUGGGUGCUUUGUGCGCCCUUGAUCCGAAUCAUGUGCUUGGUCUGGGUUCUGUGAGGAAGCUGGUAUUGCUGCUGAAAGCAAGGCCAUGCAGCAAAAAACUUCCAGACGACAUACUCAAAAAGCUGAUUCAGCAUGUGGGGCCCGGUAUUCCCGCGACGAUGAGGCACUUCCAUUCCAUGUUGAUUGUGAAGGCUUUGAAUGGCGCGCGGGUAAACCAUGCGCUGCUGAGAUAUGCCCUUUACUUGCACUUGUGUGGUAACCACGAGAUGUUGUGUGGGGUGCUGUCCACAGUUCCGACGCAAGUACUUUGCAGCUUGCAAAGGGCUGUCGCUCCAGUUGCAGUAGUUGCCCCGACGACGGCUCCGUCACUCCGGUCACUCACAAAUCAACCCUUCGCGACAUCCUCAGCUCUCGAGAAGGAUGUCAUUCGGGCGCUUCAGGCGAUGCUGAGACGAGGACUUCCGGGCUAUGUGCCAAGAUCGCUAGAGAUUCAAUGCCACGUGCUGAACACCUUUAUUUUGGACAUUAUUCUUCGAACAGACCUGGACGGCUCGACGUGCUUGAGUUCAGGUUCGAGUGUGGCGACGGCAAAAACCAAAUGCGUGCACAGAGUAGGGCGAUCGAUAUCCGAGAAGCAACCGAAGUUCGGACUUGUGACUUGCGCACGUCCUGUCUUAAGGUAG